CAUUGUGGUCUGUGUGUGUUAAAGGAAGCUGCUGCACCGGAAUCUGAAGAAUUUGAGGUGUCCGCCAAGUCUACUGUUCAUCGUCGGCUCGACUAUCUGUACCUCCAGCUACACUGUACUUUCAGCGGACAAACUAAAAGGGCUAUCAAGGAGAAAAGAUGUCUCAGGCUGACAAAAUGAAGCAGGGACAGUUCAACAACCCUGAGACUCCAGGGUACGUUGGAUUUGCCAACCUGCCAAAUCAGGUUCACCGCAAGUCAGUAAAGAAGGGAUUUGAGUUUACGUUGAUGGUGGUAGGUGAAUCUGGACUUGGGAAAUCCACCCUGAUCAACAGUCUCUUCCUCACCGACCUUUACCCUGAGAGGGUCAUCCCUGGAGCAGCAGAAAAGAUUGAAAGGACAGUUCAGAUUGAGGCAUCGACAGUUGAAAUUGAAGAGCGAGGAGUGAAGCUGCGUCUCACUGUGGUCGACACACCAGGAUACGGGGACGCCAUCAACAGCCAAGACUGUUUCAACACCAUCAUCAGCUACAUAGACGACCAGUUUGAGCGUUACCUCCACGAUGAGAGUGGCCUGAAUCGCAGACACAUUGUUGACAACAGAGUUCACUGCUGCUUCUAUUUCAUCUCCCCACUUGGUCAUGGCCUGAAACCUCUGGAUGUUCAGUUCAUGAAGGCCAUCCACAAUAAGGUCAAUGUGGUUCCUGUCAUUGCCAAGGCAGACACGCUCACCCUCAAAGAGAGGGAGAGGCUCAAGCGCAGGAUUCUGGAUGAGAUUGAUGAACAUGGAAUCAAGAUUUACCACCUUCCUGAUGCUGAGUCAGAUGAAGAUGAAGACUUCAAAGAGCAGACCAGGAUCCUCAAGGCUAGCAUUCCAUUUGCAGUUGUUGGAUCCAACCAGCAGAUUGAGGCCAAGGGGAAGAAGGUGAGGGGCCGUCUGUACCCCUGGGGAGUUGUGGAGGUGGAGAAUCCAGAGCACAAUGAUUUCCUCAAGCUUCGGAUCAUGCUGAUAACCCACAUGCAGGAUCUGCAGGAAGUGACCCAAGACCUCCAUUACGAGAACUUCCGCUCAGACCGCCUGAAGCGGGGUGGCAGAAAGGGACCGGAGCCAGAGGAAAUGGACAAGGACAUGAUCCUGCAAGAGAAGGAGGCUGAGUUGAGACGUAUGCAGGAGAUGAUCGCUAAGAUGCAGGCCCAGAUGCAGAAGCAGGGAGACGGAGAAGAAGGACAACAUGUGUGAAAAGACAAAGGUUUUUGAGCCACUGCCAGAGUUUGAUUAUAGAAGAACGACUGAUAGCAGAGAAGGUGAAAAGGCCUUCUGGUUAUUCACUCGUACUGUUUGCCACUAUUUUUAAUUCCAAUCCUUUAUGGGAUCUGGAUUCCUUUUUAAAGUAAAAAACAUACAGCAAAGUAUACUCAAACAGUGUUAUGUUUGUAUAUUCACACACGGUUCUUUUUUUUUUUUUUUUUCAUUUUUUAAUUUUUGUUUUCUUUUGUUAAACUUUUGCCAGUGUAAAAUGAAGUUACGCGACCCAUAUCUAAAAACUAGUGACAUAUUUUCUCAUGCCACAAAACCAUCAGGAUGCCCUUUUACUCUUCUUUUUUUGUAUUAAUUAAACCAAAGUUUUUCUGCUUUUUGAGUGCUUUUAGUCCUAAAAAAUCCCUCAGAGCAGGGGGUGAGUUAUUGGGAAAGUCAGUUAUGAGGAUAACAUGUAGCAGAAGUAGCUUGUCAUGCAAUUGUUGCGCCAUAAUCUUAAUGUUCAUUACAUGUUUCUAUAUUCCCUCUUUAAAGAAGCAACAGCUAAAGCAUUGAUAAGGAUUUACUCUGUAUUAUUCACAUCCCCCAACUCAUCUGCAUGAAGCUGUCGACUCUGUCUGGUAAAACUUGAGAUACAUUUUCCUCUAGUGCUCUUCUGGGAUCAGUUUCUCCCUCUUGUCCAAACUUAUUCAGUAGUGCAGUUCUCGAUCGGUGUCUUUAUGAUGGAUUUCAAGUGUUGUUGAGCUCCUUUUCAGUUUGAUAUGAUAAAAAAGAAACUGUGACACUUGCAGUCUUCCUCUCAAAUGAAGGACGGGCCAUUAAGGCGCCACACCUCCGUUUGGUGCUUUUAGCCAUCUUGAUGUAAUCUCUCCACUCUGUAAAGUUGAAGUCAUGUGCCAGGGAGCAUUGACUGUUUGAGUCCAGAUGCUGACUACUCUGGGGUUUCCAUUACAACAGAGAUUACAGGCAACUUGAUGAAGCCAGUGUAGCCAACGUUUCCCUCACCAGCCAAGAUGUGAGCUCUUGACAUUCCUCUUUGUGCUGUUUAUACCCAAUAGUAAAAAAAGAACCAAAUAUUGUUUUUGAUGCAUAUAUUGUAAUAAAAGUUUUAUUAACCUUU